AUGGCAAAUAAAGCAAAUAAACAUAAGCCACCAGCACAAUCACAAAAUCAAUCUGAAAAGAAUUUAAGUUUUAUACAAAAUGAAAAUGUAUUUUUAUUUGUCCCAAAUCUUAUAGGUAGUAAAUUUGGAGCAGCAUUAGACAUGGUGACAGAUAGAUCUACAACAACAUGUUUACUAUGCUAUCUUGCAUUUAUUUAUCCAUAUUGGACAAUUGUAUUUCAACUUUUGAUAUCUUUGGACUUAAGUAGUCAUUACAUGCAGAUGUACAGUUCAAUAAUGACUGGGUUUUCAAGUCACAAAGAAGUUUCAAAGUCUUCAAAUCGUAUCUUACGUCUUUAUUAUUCUAAUAACAAAUUUCUGUUUUUUGUAUGUGCAUUAAAUGAAUCAUUUUUUGUUUCAUUAUAUUUAUUAUCAAAAAUAUCUAAUUCAAAUUUAACCUUUGCCAUUUAUCUUUUGACCAUGGCUUCAUUUCCUGUAUGUGUUACAAAACAAAUAAUUAAUAUUAUUCAAUUAAUUGGUGCUAGUCGAAACCUUGCCAAUGUUGACUUGGAAGAUCGUAGAAAAAAGGCCAUUAAAAAUAAAGAUUGA